AUGUCUUUCGACGUCAAGGGAAAGUUUGCCAUUGUUACUGGCGCUGGAAGUGGUAUCAAUCUCGCUUUUGCUGAGCAACUCCUUCUUGCCGGAUGCUCUGUCAUCUUUGCGGACAUUGCGUUGCGAGAUGAAGCAAAGGCCCUCAUCGCCAAGUUCCCACACCCGGCCAAGGAAGGCGGACCUUCAGCCUUGUACCAUGUGUACGACCAGUCCAACUGGACUUCUAUCUCCCAGACUUGGGAGUUCGCCUUGAAGACUUUCCCCAGAAUUGAUAUUCUCUGCCCUGGUGCUGGUAUCUGGGAGCCUCCGAGUUCCGCCUUUUGGCAUCCCCCUGGCAUCUCGCCGCUUGCGAAGGAUGACCCUAACGGUUCAUCGUACCACAUUCUGGCGGUCAACCUGAUGGGUCCCAUCCGGUUCGCCCAGAUCGCUCUCGACUACUGGAUGUCAAACAAGAUCGCCGGUAAUCUCCUCCUCGUCGCUUCCAUGAGCGCUUAUCUUCCUACCAUCGGCACGCCCUUGUACAACACGUCCAAGGGCGGACUCGCCUCCUUCACCCUGUCCCUGGCACAGAUGAAGGCCCGCCUCGGCAUCCGGGUGGCGUGUAUGUGCCCGGCCACCACGUUCACCCCAGCCGUCGUGGCUGAUUACUGCAAGGGUAAGGUGAGGGAGCAGGAUAUGAACAUGACAGCUACCGAGUGUGCCGAGAUCAUGCUCCGCCUGGUUACCGAGGAGCAGUAUGGAAACGGAGAAGUUGUCGAGGGCAUGCAGUUUGCCGAGUCGGGGAGCGGGAAGUCUGAUGUGCGCACUCGGACUGUUCCUGGCAAGAACAUCUUGGCCGAGGAGGAGAAGCUGUGGGAGCAACUCAAGACGAAGGGUAUGCGCCUGGCAUGA